UCCAAUUCGGCUUGUGAGUUAAAAGAUUACAAUUCUGAGUCUUUUGAGCUUAAGCAAAUUGCAAUGGAUGGAAAUGUUGUUUUUGAUGGUGUUAAGCAUCCUAAAAUGAAGAAACAAAGAGUAGAGAAAUCAGAUCCCAAGCUGUAUGAUGAAUCUGAAUUUCUGUCAUGCUGAGGUUGAUGUUGUUUUUGAUGGUGUUAGGCAUCUUAAAAUGAAGAAACAAAGAGUAGAGAAAUCAGAUCCCAAUCUGUAUGAUGAAUCUGAAUUUGCGUCAUGUGAAGCUGAGGUUGAGAAAGAAAUUCAUGAUGGAAUCAAAUGCAGCUCCAGUACAGUUGAAUCUAGUGACCAGUUGAUGGAAGAUGUUGAUUUGAAUGUUACUGGUUUGGAAUCCAUGAAAUUGGGGAAAAAUUCUUGCAGCAAGAUUCAAUGUCUUUCUCCAGAUUCUGAGGUCUUAGAUGAUUCAGCAAAGAGGGGUGAAUUUCAGUGCAAUUACUGCGAUAAGAGGUUUCGUUCUCACCAGGCACUUGGAGGUCACCAAACCCACCAUCGAAGGCCAAAAAGCACUGUUGCAUUGGAGGUAGAUAACUGCUCAGGGAACGGUCAUGAUGACUGUGUGCCUGAACCUUAUGUGAACGCCAAGCUCACUGAACUCGAAGGCAUUGAUAAUUCAAUGGAGCAAGAGAUGGAUGGUGUGAUUGUGAUGAAUAAUGGGUCAGUGGAUAAUAAGGUUCACAAGUGUCCAAUAUGCUUUAAGGAGUUUGCAUCAGGCCAAGCUCUAGGAGGCCACAAGAGAGCUCAUUCUGCUAAGAAUUCAAGGACUAGUGAAGAACAGAUAGCUCAAAAGAAGCAAGACCUGUCUGAUAUGUCCAGUAUGUUGGACCUUAAUAUGUCGGCCAUGCUUCAGGAGGAGGCCAGUGACAAUGUUGGCAAGGAAACAACCUCAAGGAUGAGCCCGUAAUCUUCGGACAACGUUGAAGAAGUGAUGCAUAUAUAGCUUCUAUGGAGUAUGGAGCUACGCGGUGUACAGAUGACAAGGGGGAUUUAGUUCAGGUUGAAGUCCAAUGAAUUUCUGAGGUAGAAUUUCUGUUCACAGAUAAAACUUCAUUUUUUUUUGGCUUGUAGCUACACACAGUUACCUUUUCAUUUUACUCUCUUGUUUUAGUUUGAAGAAUUUUGAUUGUUGCAACAGACUUCCACUGAUAUUUUCAGUAACUCUGUAUUGUAGUGGGUUAAUUUGCAACUGAAGUUCUCAUCCAAUGUAUCAAUAGGACCAUUUGUGCAGAAUAUAGUUUCUGAUUCUUGCUGGAGUUCCCUGUGUUAGUGAGUCAUUGCUUUGGUCUACAUGUUGAUAUCAGAACUGUAAUGGUGAUCGGCUUUAGU